CCAGAGGCAGUUCCCCCGCGGUCAGUCUCCUAGGUCUGCCAGCCGCCACUCCCACAGCCUCCCUCAUGGGUCUGGAGCUAUACCUGGACCUGAUGUCCCAGCCCUGCCGUGCUGUCUACAUCUUCGCCAAGAAGAACGACAUCCCCUUCCAGCUGCGUACCAUAGAGUUGCUCAAAGGCCAGCACUACACUGAUGACUUUGCCCAGGUGAACCCCUUGAGGAAGGUACCAGCUUUGAAGGAUGGGGACUUCAACUUGGCAGAGAGUGUAGCCAUCUUGCUGUAUUUGAGUAGAAAGUACAAGGCUCCUGACCACUGGUACCCUCAGGACCUUCAGGCUCGAGCUCGUGUAGAUGAGUACCUGUCUUGGCAACACACAGCCCUCCGGAAUUGUUGCACCAGGGCCAUGUGGCAGAAGAUGAUGUUCCCUAAGUACCUGGGACAUUCAGUACCCCCUGAGAUGUUGGCAGCCACUUUGGCUGAACUGGAUAGGUGCCUGCAGAUGCUGGAGGACAAGUUCCUGCGGGACCAGGCCUACCUUACAGGAUCCUGUAUCUCUGUGGCUGACUUGGUGGCCAUCACAGAGCUGAUGCAUCCUGUCAGUGCUGGCUGCAAAAUCUUCGAGAGCCGACCCAAACUGGAGGCGUGGCGUCAGCGUGUGGAAGCUGCAGUGGGGGAGAAACUCUUCCAGGAGGCCCAUGCAGUUGUCCUGAAGGCCAAGGAUAUGCCUCCCUUGAUGGACCCCACCUUAAAGAAGAAUCUGAUGCUCUCCUUGCAGUAUUUGCUGCAUUGAGGGAGCAGCCCGAGCCAUCAAGGGAAAGG